AUGAAGAGCAGUUUUAUAGUCCAUAAUGAUACGUUGUAUUAUCUGCGUAAACUUCCAGACAAAGUUGGUUCAAAACAAAUGCUCAAGGUACCUGAGAUCGAAGACCUAAUCACUGAAGCAAGGAAAACACACUAG